AACAUACAACAUGUAGUAGUUCUGUCUUGUGUAAAUCCACAGAGCCGCAGAGGUCAUUGACUUAUUUGGCAUGAGCAGUUCUCGCAGUUCAGGCUGUUGGAAGAUUACUGUAUUAUAAUUUUUGAUAAACUUUUGUGAGCACCUCAUCACAGCUUUCCAAGUUGGAAUUUCAGUUAUCCACAGCAACAUUCAUCAAGCGAUACAUUUGACAACGUUCUCCAAUACGCCCAACAUGGAAUAGCUGGCUCUCGAACUCAUGCACUUAUGGCAAGCAUUUUCUUCGUUUUGGAAUGCCUUAUUACGCACCGAAAUUGAUCCAUAGUAAACGCUGAUGCUAUCAGAGGGAUAUCGGAACAUGUUAUAGACGCGCGCACGGACAGAAAGCAACAUGGCAUUUUCUGACUAAAUGAUUUGCAAUAAACAUUGUGAAUGGAUUAAAAAUAAGGCAAUCAAUCGAGAUGACUGGCAAAAUGAGGGAGCUUGCUCUUCUUACUGUUUUUCUUGAAGUUUACGCACAGGGCAUUCCUCCAGAAUGUGAACCUCAUAAUAUUCUGGUCAGAGAAGAGGAAAGCUGUUACUCUAAGCUACAGAAAUACAACUUCUCUAAACCUGGAUAUGCUCAACCAGGAUGCAGAGGCAUGUGGGACCACCUGAACUGCUGGCCUCACGCCCUGGUUGGAGAGGUGGUGUCCCAGCCCUGUCCCAAAUUCUUUAGAACCAAGGGGAGGGUAUUCCGGAAUUGCACAGCAGAGGGCUGGACUGAUGCCUUCCCACCCCAUGAGUUCGCCUGCGAGUACGCCUUCAACGAGUCACUCAUAGACAUGCCUCAAUCCCACAAAUACUUCCUGUAUGUGAAGACCAUGUACACGGUGGGCUACGCUUUCUCUCUCGUGUCCCUGGCUGCUGCCAUCUUCAUACUCUGUCUGUUCAGAAAACUGCACUGCAUGAGGAACUACAUCCACAUCCAGUUAUUUCUGUCUUUCAUCCUGCGGGCAGCCUUCAUCUUCAUCAGGGACUCUGUGCUGUUCUCCAAUGAGGACUUAUACCACUGCGACUCAUUCCCGAUGGGCUGUAAGCUGGUGGUGAUGUCAUCUCAUUACUGUAUCAUGGCAAACUACAGCUGGCUGCUGGUUGAGGGCCAUUACCUGCACACACUGGUCCGCAUUUCCUUCUUCUCUGAAAAGAAGUUCUUCUGGUGGUACAUCGUGCUGGGUUGGGGUUUGCCAAUGAUUGUUAUAUUAGGUUGGGGGAUGGCCAAAUAUCUGCAUGAAGAUGAAGGGUGUUGGGAGAUGACAAAUCACAACUGGAUCUGGUGGAUUCUCAAAGUUCCUGUCCUGCUCUUCAUCACUAUUAACUUAAUGUUUUUUCUGAGUAUUAUAAAAAUAUUGGUGGGAAAAUUAAGGACACCAGAUGAGCAUGCCAAUGAUUUCAACCAAUACAAGAGACUUGCAAAGUCCACCUUCCUCCUGGUUGCUCUCUUUGGCUUGCAGUACGUCCUCUUUGCUUUCUUCCCAUUCAGUCAAAUAUGGAACUCUGUGGAGCUGGCUCUUUCCUCAGUUCAGGGCUUUGUUGUUGCAGUUCUGUACUGUUUUCUCAACGGGGAGGUGAAAUAUGAGUUCCAGAGAAAAUGGCAGCAGUGGAGGCUGAAGCAGCACCUGCACGGGGAGUCCAGACCACACAACGACUCAAUCAGUCAUAGCGGCUUGGCCCUCACCCACGUGUCCCUGCUCCACCGGGGCUCCACCACCCACCAGGCCAGUCAAGUGUAACCAUGACAAUGUGCGCCUGUGUCAGAGGUCCCGCCCACCUUCUCCCUUUCCAGACUGCUUUUACUUUGACAGAGCUCAGAGUCUGGGACACCCAGGCCUCAAGAAUCUCAAGCUGAGAGAUCAUUACCUCUCGUAUGGAUCUGAGGGAGGCUGGUGUAACUGCUGAAUGGGCCUCAAGGCCUUCUAGAGGGCAGUGUCACAUGACAACACACCUGGCAAGAUUUUCCCCCAGCAUUGUGAUUAUGUGGGAAUCCCCAUCUGUGCCAGAGACUACACAAGCUUGGGGUUCAUGCUCUGUAUUUACAGCACUAGUCUUCAGUUUAAUUGUUCUUUUACGUUAGAGGACACAGUGCUACAUGCAGCUUGUCACUCUUGGAUCUUGUUCCUGGGAUCAAACUGCAAGUUCGGCCACCUGUGCCCAUGGCCGGAAUCCCUACAACCAUGUGGACUUAGAGGGAGAUGUUCAAAACCCAUAAAAAUUUUUGGGAUCUUCACUGUUUUAAAAGGAAUGAGGUUGUCUCCAGAGAGCGGAGGAAACUGGACGGUGGUAUAUUGAAAUAUACAGAUCCUCUAAUCUACACUUCUGACCUUAAGUGAAGCUUGUAAAGUGGCCCAACUGACUGUGGAUAUGCGCUAUAGCACAUUGCCAGCUGUUACACUUAAUCUACUGACACAUCGAAAGAUGCCCACACUUCUUUAUUUAGCAUCACUUGGAAAUGCAGGGUGAAGCAUGUCAGUUGAUGAAGGUUACAGUCCAUGGGUUAAUACAAAAUCUUCACUCUGCUGCACUGUUGUGAUUUACUUUGUUGAUUUUUUAUUUUUUAUUUUUU